AGUGAGAGAGAGAGAGAGAGAGAGAGAGAGAGAGAGAGAGAGAGAGAGAGAGAGGGAGAAAGUGAGAGAGAGGACCUCAGUCCACUUUUAGAUUUUAGGCAACAAUAAAAUUCUUUCUCUUGAACUUUUUAUUCAUGCACAUUUACAUGUACAUUUCUUACUUUACAGCUAUGGGAGGAGCAUCAUUUAGUCAGCCAUGGAGGUCUAUGCCGUGGACCAACGAGGAGAAUCUCAAUUUUAUUAAAUCUUACAAACCUCAAAACAAUGAUGUCGAAAAUCUCAGAAUUCUGCUUCAUGGACCAGUCGGUGCUGGCAAGUCCAGUUUCAUCAACUCUGUUGAAAGUGUUUUACUCGGCAGAGUUACCGGUCGAGUUAUGACGGAUACAAUCUCUGGUUGCAGCUUUACCAAAAAGUACAAAGCUUUUAAAAUCCACAAAGACCCCGAGAGCUUUUACCCUUUCAUUUUCAAUGACACCAUGGGCUUUGAGCAAAGGAAUGGAAUGAAUGUGGAAGACAUCAAACUGGCCCUGAUGGGACAUGUGACAGAAGGUUACAAGCCCAUUCCUGGAGUCCAGUUGAAGGAAAGUGAUCAAGAAUACAACUCAUGUCCCUCUCUGGACGACAGGGUUCACGCUCUGGUUUGUGUCAUGCCUGCCGACUUGGUAUCUUUAAUAAGUGAUGAAGUUGUGAAGAAGAUGAGAGACGUCAGACUAGCAGCCAGUGACAUGGGGAUUCCACAACUGGCUAUUCUCACCAAAGUUGAUGAAGCCUGUCCUGAGGUGAAGAACAACAUAAAAAAUGUCUACGAGAGCAACUACCUAAAGGAAAAGGUCGACAAAUUCAGCUUGAUGCUGGGAAUUCCACAAAACUGCAUAUUUCUUGUGAAGAACUACGAAUCAGAACUCCAAACAAAUGAAGACAUUAAUGGGCCGAUACUGAUCGCAUUGAGACAGAUGAUUGUCUAUGGAGAAGACUUCAUCAACAACCUGUAGACCCACAUACUGCUGAGCUGAGACAGACCUUAGGAUCAAAGCAUGAAAACAACACUACUCUCAAGAGUCUUUUUCUGAAGAGUAAUGUGUAGGGUACUUAAAAAAAGAAAAUGUCAAGCAUGUUAUGGAUAUACUGUAUCAUUUAUAUGAUACAAUGCCAUGUACAUCAGCAUUGUAUCAUGUGAGGCUUCAUUCCUGGCUUUUUAAUUUAAUUGGAAAUUCUGUUUGAAAUGUGUUUGUUUCUGUGAUUGGCUGCUCAUUCAGAUCGAAGCAACAGCUUCACUUGUCCCUAAGAAAACUCAUCAAGUUUGAAGACAAGGUGUUUGCAUGUGGUUAUACUCACAACUGUCCAUGGUAAAAGGUUUUAUGGUCCAAAUAAACUAUGCUGCCGUCGUCAUUGUCAGCAUAUUUGUUUAUUUCACAUUAA